AUGGGAAGCGGAAGAUAUUUAGACGACCCUUUAACCUUUACUAGAAACCCACCUUCCUCUUCGUCUCCAAUCACCGUAUCUAACCAUCUCGACAGUUUUCUCGGCGAAUCAACCUCUCGCUCUGGAAGCUUUGAGAGUGAGAGCAUUAGCGACGCCGAUUUCGGACCUGAGAAACUCGUCGGGACCGUACAGUUCUACGAGAGACAUGUCUUUUUGUGCUACAAAAAACCCUCUGUUUGGCCAGCGAGGAUCGAGGCGUCAGAGUUCGAUCGGUUACCGAGGCUUCUCUCUUCCGUUGUGUCGGCAAGGAAGAGUGAUAUGAAGAAGGAGACUCUACUCACAAUCUGCGAGGGUCAUGAUGGAACAGAGACAUCGAAUGGGGAUGUUUUGAUAUUUCCCGAUAUGAUCAGAUACAGAAGGUUGACUCAUUUUGAUGUCGUCACAUUUGUUGAAGAGGUUCUUGUGAAGGAUGUUGAGUGGUUGCCUGGAAAUCCUGAAUCUCUAAAUGGUUCAUAUGUCUUUGUAUGUUGUCAUGGAUCCCGAGAUCGGCAAUGUGGGGUUUGUGGACCGUCUCUGGUUAGUAGAUUCAGAGAAGAAAUUGAAUUGCACGGUCUUUUAAGUGAAGUUUCGGUUAGCCCUUGUUCUCACAUUGGUGGUCACAAAUACGCUGGAGAUGUUAUCAUUUAUGGAUUAAACAUCAACCAGAGAGUCACAGGACACUGGUAUGGGUUUGUGACUCUAGAAGAUGUACCUCUUUUGUUGGAGCUACACAUUAACAAAGGUGAAAUAGUUGACCGACUUUGGAGGGGUGAAAUGGGUCUGUUAGAAGAAGAACAGAAGAAAACCCAAGAACAAAGGUUCCAAUUGACCACCGAAAAGAUCAACGGGGAGGAGGCGACUCAAGAAUCAGCUAGUAACGGUUUUUAUUGCCAGUCCCGAGCUGUCCCAGAGCUUAAUGGUAGUUGCUGCCAACAAAAUGAGAACUCCCCUUGCUGUGUGGAGAACCACAAAGAGAAUCUUACCUCAGAAAGAGAUAUCUCCGUAAAAAAGGCAUCUUAUCGGAUAAGCAGCAGCGAGAAUGGAUCAUCUUAUGGACUUAAGGUUUGUGCUGCGAUGUCAAUAUGGUUGGAGAAUUGGGAGAAAGAAGAUACAUAUGCUGCUUUAUCUGUUGCAUGUGCUGCUGCAUCUGUAGCUAUUGCUUAUAACUGCUAUAAACAAUUGAAAUGA